AUGGCGGAUCGGACAGCUCCUAGAUGCCAGCUGCGUCUGGAGUGGGUUUACGGGUACAGGGGUCACCAGUGCCGCAACAACCUGUACUACACGGCAGGGAAAGAGGUGGUUUACUUCGUGGCCGGAGUCGGCGUGGUUUAUAACACCAGAGAGCACAGCCAGAAAUUCUUCCUCGGGCACAACGAUGAUAUUAUCAGCCUCGCAGUUCACCCGGAUAAAACUUUAGUAGCUACAGGGCAGGUUGGGAAGGACCCUUACAUUUGCAUCUGGGAUUCUUACCGUGUACAGACUGUGUCUGUUCUGAAGGAUGCACAUACACAUGGAGUUGCCUGCUUAGCUUUUGAUUCAGAUGGCCAGCGUUUAGCUUCAGUGGGACUGGAUGCCAAAAACACAGUGUGUAUUUGGGACUGGAAGAGAGGAAAACUACUGGCAACAGCUACAGGCCAUUCAGACAGGAUAUUUGAUAUUUCCUGGGAUCAAUAUCAACCAAAUAGAAUCGUCAGCUGUGGAGUAAAACACAUAAAGUUUUGGACGUUGUGUGGAAAUGCACUGACAGCAAAGAGAGGAAUAUUUGGUAAAACAGGAGAUCUCCAAACUAUCCUUUGUUUAGCAUGUGCAAAAGAAGAUAUCACAUACUCUGGUGCUUUAAAUGGGGACAUCUAUGUUUGGAAAGGGCUAAACUUAGUCCGCACAAUUCAAGGAGCACAUAGUGCUGGAAUUUUUAGUAUGUAUGCUUGUGAGGAAGGUUUUGCCACUGGAGGGAGAGAUGGUUGCAUUCGGUUAUGGGACACUGAUUUCAAACCAAUUACUAAAAUUGAUCUCAGGGAGACUGAACAAGGAUACAAAGGUUUGUCCAUCCGAAGUGUCUGUUGGAAAGCGGACAGACUUUUAGCAGGGACACAGGACAGUGAAAUAUUUGAGGUGCUAGUAAGAGAGAGAGAUAAACCCAUGCUGAUUAUGCAGGGUCAUUGUGAAGGGGAGCUCUGGGCCCUGGCGGUCCAUCCAAAGAAGCCUUUAGCAGUCACAGGCAGCGAUGAUCGAUCUGUACGACUAUGGAGUCUCGCUGACCAUGCCUUGAUAGCUCGUUGUAAUAUGGAAGAAGCGGUGCGGAGUGUGUCUUUCAGUCCUGAUGGAUCACAGUUAGCACUUGGAAUGAAGGAUGGCUCCUUCAUUGUUCUUCGAGUAAGAGACAUGACAGAGGUAGUUCAUAUUAAAGACCGAAAAGAAGUAAUCCAUGAAAUGAAAUUUUCACCAGAUGGCUCUUACCUUGCUGUGGGUUCUAACGAUGGCCCAGUGGAUAUCUAUGCGGUUGCUCAGCGAUACAAAAAAAUAGGAGAAUGCAACAAAUCUUCUAGUUUUAUAACUCAUAUUGACUGGUCUGUGGAUAGUAAAUUCUUGCAAACCAAUGAUGGUGCAGGAGAGAGACUGUUCUACAAGAUGCCAUCUGGGAAGCAUCUGACUAGCAAAGAUGAGAUCAAAGGAAUUCACUGGGCCUCGUGGACCUGUGUGAUAGGAUCUGAAGUGAAUGGAAUUUGGCCAAAAUAUACAAACAUUACAGAUGUCAACUCUGUGGAUGGAAAUUACACCAGCUCAGUGCUAGUGACUGGAGAUGAUUUUGGGCUGGUUAAAUUAUUCAGAUUUCCAUGCCUAAAGAAAGGAGCUAAAUUUAGAAAAUACGUUGGCCAUUCAGCACAUGUAACCAAUGUCCGUUGGUCCCAUGAUUUUCAGUGGGUUUUAAGUACAGGAGGUGCUGAUCACUCUGUUUUUCAGUGGCGAUUUAUUCCAGAAGGGAUAACAAAUGGCGUCCUUGAAACAUCUCCACAAGAGGGUGGCGUUGAUUCCUACAGUGAAGAAUCAGAUUCAGAUUUAUCUGAUGUGCCAGAGUUAGAUUCUGACAUUGAGCAGGAAGCUCAAAUCAACUAUGAUCGCCAGGUUUACAAAGAAGACCUACCUCAGCUGAAACAGCAAAGUAAAGAGAAAAACCAUUCUGUGCCCUUCCUUAAAAGAGAGAGAGCGCCUGAGGACAGUUUAAAGUUGCAGUUUAUACAUGGUUAUAGAGGCUACGACUGUCGAAACAACUUGUUCUACACACAAACCGGAGAAGUAGUGUAUCAUAUUGCUGCUGUAGCUGUUGUAUAUAAUAGGCAACAACACACUCAAAGGCUGUAUCUUGGUCACGAUGAUGACAUCCUCAGCCUAAGCAUUCACCCAGUGAAAGACUAUGUUGCUACUGGACAGGUUGGAAGAGAUGCUGCUAUCCAUGUUUGGGACACACAGACACUGAAAUGCUUAUCAUUGCUCAAAGGCCAGCAUCAAAGAGGAGUGUGUGCACUGGAUUUUUCAGCUGAUGGAAAAUGUUUGGCAUCUGUUGGGCUAGAUGAUAAUCAUGCCAUUGUGUUUUGGGAUUGGAAAAAAGGAGAAAAGCUAGCGACAACCAGGGGCCAUAAAGAUAAAAUAUUUGUAGUGAAGUGUAAUCCACAUCAUGUAGACAAACUAGUCACAGUUGGGAUAAAGCAUAUCAAAUUUUGGCAGCAAACAGGUGGAGGCUUUACAUCAAAACGAGGAACCUUUGGAACUACUGGAAAAUUGGAAACUAUGAUGAGUGUUUCAUAUGGGCGAAUAGAAGAUCUAGUUUUCUCUGGCGCUGCUACUGGAGACAUUUAUAUCUGGAAGGAUACUCUGUUGCUGAAGACGGUGAAAGCCCAUGAUGGACCUGUAUUUGCCAUGCAUGCAUUGGAUAAGGGUUUUGUAACUGGUGGAAAAGAUGGAAUUGUGGCACUUUGGGAUGAUAUGUUCGAAAGAUGUCUGAAGACAUAUGCUAUUAAAAGAGCAGCACUAUCUGCUAGUUCUAAAGGUUUACUUUUAGAAGACAAUCCCUCUAUUCGAGCCAUCAGUCUAGGACAUGGGCAUAUGCUAGUGGGAACUAAAAAUGGAGAGAUACUUGAAAUUGAUAAAAGUGGCCCUAUGACUCUACUUGUUCAGGGACAUAUGGAAGGAGAAGUCUGGGGCUUGGCAGCUCAUCCUCUCUUGCCUGUCUGUGCAACAGUGAGUGAUGAUAAAACACUACGAAUCUGGGAACUUUCAUCCCAGCACCGCAUGUUGGCAGUGAGGAAACUCAAAAAAGGUGGACGAUGCUGUGCCUUUUCCCCUGAUGGGAAAGCCUUGGCUGUAGGGUUGAAUGAUGGGAGUUUUCUGGUGGUAAAUGCUGACACUGUUGAAGACAUGGUCUCUUUUCACCACAGGAAGGAAAUGAUCUCAGAUAUAAAGUUUUCACGAGAAUCAGGAAAGUACCUGGCUGUGGCUUCCCAUGAUAAUUUUGUAGAUAUUUACAAUGUACUUACCAGCAAAAGAGUUGGCAUUUGUAAAGGUGCAUCUAGCUAUAUCACACACAUUGACUGGGACUCAAGAGGGAAGUUAUUGCAAGUCAAUUCUGGUGCCAAAGAACAACUAUUUUUUGAAGCACCAAGGGGGAAAAGGCAUAUUAUAAGAAUUGCUGAGAUAGAGAAGAUUGAGUGGGACACCUGGACAUGCGUUCUUGGUCCUACUUGUGAAGGAAUUUGGCCCAUGCACAGUGAUGUCACCGUUGUGAAUGCAGCUAGUCUUACAAAAGAUGGAACGCUAUUAGCUACAGGAGAUGAUUUUGGUUUUGUGAAGCUUUUUUCAUAUCCAGUGAAGGGCCAACAUGCAAAAUUCAAGAAGUAUGUGGGUCACAGCGCACAGGUAACCAAUGUUCGGUGGUUACACAAUGAUUCUGUGCUGCUGACUGUAGGUGGUGCUGAUACAGCUUUGAUGAUCUGGACCAGAGAAUUUUUGGGCAUUCAGGAGAGUAAGCUGGUUGAUAGUGAAGAAUCAGACACAGAUGCAGAAGAAGAUGGAGGUUAUGAUAGUGAUGUUGCAAGAGAGAAAGCAAUUGACUAUACUACUAAGAUCUAUGCAGUAAGCAUCCGAGAAAUGGAAGGGACAAAACCACAUCAACAGCUGAAGGAAGUUUCAGCAGAAGAGAGGCAGGGAAUUGUCAAGGGAUCAAGGCCACCAGUUAGCAGAGCUGCUCCUCAACCUGAAAAACUGCAAAAGAACAAUAUCAACAAAAAAAAGAAACUGGUUGAGGAGCUGGCUUUAGACCAUGUUUUUGGAUACAGAGGAUUUGAUUGUCGCAACAACCUUCAUUACCUAAAUGAUGGUGCCGAUAUUAUUUUCCACACAGCUGCAGCAGGCAUAGUUCAAAAUCUUUCUACCGGUAGUCAGAGUUUCUACCUGGAGCAUACUGAUGACAUUCUCUGCCUAACUGUGAAUCAGCACCCAAAGUAUAAAAAUAUUGUGGCUACCAGCCAGAUCGGUGAUAUGACAGAAUUUCCAGGUACAACUCCCACAAUUCAUAUAUGGGAUGCUAUGAGUAAGCAAACGAUUUCAAUGCUACGUUGCUUCCAUACCAAAGGGGUCAACUAUGUUAACUUCAGUGCAACUGGCAAACUUCUGGUUUCAGUGGGAGUUGAUCCAGAACAUACUAUCACAGUGUGGAGGUGGCAAGAAGGGGCUAAAGUUGCUAGCAGGGGAGGACACCUGGAGAGGAUAUUCGUUGUAGAGUUCCGCCCAGAUUCAGACACUCAGUUUGUGUCUGUUGGGGUAAAACACAUGAAGUUCUGGACACUAGCUGGCAGUGCUUUGCUUUAUAAGAAAGGAGUCAUUGGUUCCAUGGAAGAUGCCAAAAUGCAAACCAUGCUUUCUGUUGCCUUCGGAGCAAAUAACCUUACAUUUACUGGUGCCAUUAAUGGAGAUGUCUACGUCUGGAAGGAUCAUUUUCUGAUUAGGCUUGUGGCAAAAGCUCACACCGGGCCAGUGUUCACAAUGUACACGACUCUUCGAGAUGGACUCAUUGUUACAGGAGGGAAGGAGAGACCCACUAAAGAAGGGGGAGCUGUAAAGCUAUGGGAUCAAGAGAUGAAACGGUGCCGAGCAUUUCAGCUUGAGACAGGCCAGCUCAUUGAGUGCGUGCGCUCCGUCUGCAGAGGAAAAGGGAAAAUUUUAGUGGGAACAAAAGAUGGAGAAAUCCUUGAAGUAGGAGAAAAAAAUGCUGCUUCAAACUUGUUGAUUGACUGUCACAUGGAAGGGGAAAUCUGGGGCUUAGCAACUCACCCCUCAAAAGACAUAUUUAUCUCUGCAAGUAAUGAUGGAACAGCAAGAAUCUGGGACCUGUGUGACAAACUUGCCAUUUGCUUGGUAGUUUUCUCCAGGGGAGGUAUGAGCCUGUUGCUUUUGUUAACACAGAAACUGCUGAACAAAGUGAAUCUGGGUCAUCCAGCAAGAUGUGCCGCAUAUAGUCCUGAUGGUGAAAUGGUUGCAAUUGGCAUGAAGAAUGGAGAAUUUGUUAUUUUACUUGUAAACAGCCUUAAGGUUUGGGGCAAAAAGCGAGACAGGAAGUCUGCAAUUCAGGAUAUCAGGAUCAGCCCAGAUAACAGGUUUUUGGCAGUGGGCUCACAAGAACAUACCGUAGACUUUUAUGAUCUCACUCAAGGUACAACCCUAAACCGCAUAGGCUACUGCAAAGACAUUGCAAGUUUUGUCAUACAGAUGGAUUUUUCUGCCGACAGCAGGUACAUUCAGGUAUCAACAGGUGCCUAUAAGCGUCAAGUUCACGAGGUACCACUAGGAAAGCAAAUAACAGAUCCUGCAUUAAUAGAGAAGAUCACGUGGGCCACCUGGACAAGCAUUCUUGGAGACGAAGUCAUUGGAAUUUGGCCGCGAAAUGCAGAUAAAGCAGAUGUCAAUUGUGCAUGUGUGACCCAUGCCGGCCUAAAUAUAGUCACAGGAGAUGACUUUGGUCUGGUGAAACUGUUUGAUUUCCCAUGCACAGAAAAAUUUGCCAAACACAAGCGGUAUUUUGGGCACUCUGCGCACGUCACCAACAUACGCUUUUCUCAUGACGACAAGUACGUUGUAAGUACAGGAGGAGAUGACUGCAGUGUAUUUGUAUGGCGAUGUCUUUAAAGGAGACUCUCUUCCUGCUGCUACUGCCACCACCAAGUGACUGCUCUGGACUGGACAGCCAUGAAUGCCUCUACCCCUUCGGCUGCUGUAAUUUCCAUACGAUGCUGCGUGGACUACACAUUUUCAGAUUACUCAUAUGCAUUUACUGAACGUGAAUGUGA